AGGAAAAUUAUUUUAAUAAUAUAAAUAAAUAAAUCAAUAAAUAAAUCCAUUUUGACCUUUGAAUAUUUCUCUGCAUUUUCGCAAAUAUUCUACGGGAAUGAUGAUGAUUCGUUUAUUUUCCAAUCACAUCAGAACAAAUUACACGCCGGCCCGAAGGAAACCCUUCCCCUCUUCUUCUGUUCUUUGCGAUUGCUGCAUUUAUUGCAAAUUCUCGUACAAGUAAGUUAAUUGUAUACCAGCUUAAAUCAUUGCCCGCAGCUGUAAUUUUUUUUUUUUUUUUUUAUUAUUUCAUAAUCAAACAGGAUUUUAGUACAGAGAGGUGGUAGAAUUGGUAAUUCUUAGAUUUGUGAAGCCAUUAAAAAAAGUUAGGUUCUUGCUUAGUGUGAGUUGAAAGUUGUGUUAAUUUCGCUUUUGGCGUGUGAUUUGGGUUGGAAAUUCCCAUCUGGGCUGUUUCUGAAUUUGCGAUUUUUGGGUGGUUUUCGGGUGAGAUCGGCAUCCGAAUUCUCUGUUAAUUUUCGGAGUUUCGCAUUUCGAUUUUUGAGCUGCUGAAAGGGGGGUCUCUGCUCUUGUGAUCAUGGCCUCAAUUUUAUUGUUGAUUGUUUGAAUCCCAUUUCUUAUUAAAUUGGGGGAAAAAGAAGAAAAAAUCCUUCUUCUGGGAAUGGAUUCGAAUUCCCAGAAUGAAAUCAACGAGAGCUCUCAAGUUCACGACUUCGUACACAAGUCGUUAUCCAAUCGGAGUAUUUCUUCCUCAAAGAACUCGGGUGGGCACUCUCUUAGGGAGGUGAACUUUGCUGAGCUGGCAUCGAAGCCCGUAAGACAUGGCUCGAGAGGUGCGGAUUCCGAAGGUUUCAGCUCCUCCUACAAAGAGAUGAACGAUGACGAUGCAAGGAUAAUACAUAUAAACGAUCCGGUUAAAUCAAACGAGAAAUUCGAAUUUGCCGGCAACUCAAUCAGGACAGGGAAAUACUCGAUACUGACGUUCUUGCCCCGCAAUUUAUUCGAGCAGUUCCACAGGGUUGCGUAUAUAUACUUUCUUGUGAUUGCGAUUCUCAAUCAGCUCCCACAGCUGGCUGUUUUUGGUCGAGGGGCUUCCAUUAUGCCGCUAGCUUUCGUCCUAGUUAUUACAGCCAUUAAAGAUUUGUACGAGGAUUAUAGGCGGCACCGUUCAGACAAGAUCGAGAAUAAUCGGCUGGCGUGGGUGUUGAUUAACGACGAGUUUCAACAUAUUAGAUGGAAGUACAUACGUGUGGGUGAGAUUAUUAAAGUUUCUGCAAACGAAACUCUUCCUUGUGACAUGGUGUUGCUCUCUACGAGCGACUCAACCGGGGUUGCUUAUGUGCAGACCACAAAUUUGGACGGAGAAUCAAAUUUAAAAACUCGAUACGCAAAGCAAGAAACCCAAGUUAGUCAUCCGGAGAGUAAAAUGAUUAGUGGGUUGAUUAAGUGCGAUAAACCUAAUCGGAAUAUCUACGGUUUCCAAGCGAAUAUGGUUGUUGAUGGUAAACGUAUUUCUCUCGGACCUUCGAAUAUAAUUCUACGUGGCUGUGAGUUGAAGAAUACCGAUUGGGCGCUGGGAGUUGCUGUUUAUGCAGGUCGAGAGACGAAAGCCAUGCUCAAUAAUUCAGGUGCUCCAUCGAAGAGAAGCCGCCUCGAAACCCUAAUGAACCGUGAAAUUUUUUUCCUUUCGGUUUUUCUCGUGUUACUGUGUGUUGUGGUCUCUGUAUGCCAUGGCCUUUGGUUGAGACGCCACAAAGGCGAUUUGGACCUGAUGCCGUUUUAUAGGAAAUCAGAUUAUUCGGGGGGUAAAGUCGAAGACUAUAACUACUACGGCAUGGGCAGGGAGAUAUUGUUUGUGUUUCUAAUGUCGGUUAUUGUGUUCCAAAUUAUGAUUCCCAUUUCGCUGUACAUAUCAAUGGAGCUCGUUCGAGUUGGUCAGGCCUUUUUCAUGAUUAGAGAUGACCAAAUGUACGAUGAAACCACGAAUUCGAGGUUUCAGUGUAGAGCGUUGAAUAUAAACGAGGAUUUGGGGCAGAUCAAGUAUGUUUUCUCUGAUAAAACCGGUACACUUACUGAGAACAAGAUGGAGUUUCAGUGCGCGAGUAUUGGUGGCGUUGACUAUAGCAAUGGGAAGGAAUGUGUUGAAGAUGGACACAUAGGUUACCCUGUUCAAGGUGGUGAGCAGGUUUUGAGGCCAAAGAUGAAAGUAAAAGUUGAUCAAGAGCUUCUUGAUUUAUCGAAAAGAAAAAACCUAGAAGAAGGGAGAAAUGUUCGUGAUUUUUUCAUAGCAUUGGCUGCUUGCAACACCAUUGUUCCUCUAACUGUGGAGACACAGGAUCCAGCUGUCAGGUUGAUAGAUUACCAGGGUGAAUCUCCGGACGAACAGGCUUUGGUGUAUGCAGCUGCAGCUUAUGGUUUUACGCUUAUCGAGAGAACUUCGGGUCACAUAGUUAUAGACAUUCAAGGUGAAAGACAAAGGUUCGACGUGUUGGGUCUGCACGAGUUCGACAGCGAUCGAAAGAGAAUGUCAGUUAUAUUAGGAUGCCCCGACAAAACAAUCAAGCUUUUCGUAAAAGGCGCCGACACAUCAAUGUUCCACGUGAUAGACAAAUCCAUAAACUCAAACACAAUAAAAGCAACCGAAUCCCAUCUACAAUCCUACUCCUCAAUAGGAUUAAGAACACUCGUCGUUGCAUCAAAGGAGCUGAGCCCAAUCCUAUUCGAACAAUGGCAGUCAUCGUACGAGUCAGCAAGUACUGCCCUAAUGGGAAGGGCAGCUCUGCUCCGUAAAGUCGCCACGAAUAUCGAGCGCCACCUCAGCAUAUUAGGUGCCAGCGCAAUCGAAGACAAACUCCAGCAAGGGGUCCCACAAGCAGUCAAGUCUUUGAGAAAGGCCGGUAUUAAAGUUUGGGUCUUGACCGGUGACAAGCAAGAAACAGCUGUGUCGAUUGGAUAUUCUUCGAAGCUUUUGACUAGUAAGAUGACUCAGAUAGUUAUAAACAACAACUCUAAGGAAUCGUGUAGGAAAAGCUUGCAAGAUGCUUUGUUGAUGUGCAAGAAACUCGGGACUGAUUCUUUGGCAGCUGAAAUAAAUCAGCUUGCGUUGAUUAUUGACGGAACGAGUCUUGUAUAUAUACUGGAUACUGAUCUUGAAGAACAGCUAUUUGAAUUUGCGAGCAGAUGUAAUGUUGUGUUGUGUUGUCGAGUGGCUCCGUUGCAAAAGGCUGGAAUAGUUGCUCUGAUAAAGAACAGAACUGAUGACAUGACACUUGCCAUUGGAGAUGGUGCAAAUGAUGUUUCGAUGAUCCAAAUGGCUGAUGUGGGGAUAGGAAUUAGUGGACAAGAAGGUCGACAGGCUGUCAUGGCGUCGGAUUUUGCGAUGGGUCAGUUUAGAUUUUUGGUGCCGUUGUUAUUGGUUCACGGGCAUUGGAAUUAUCAGAGAAUGAGUUAUAUGAUCUUGUAUAACUUCUACAGGAAUGCUGUUUUCGUUCUUGUCUUGUUCUGGUAUGUGCUCUUCACAAGUUUCACAUUGACAACUGCCAUAACCGAUUGGAGCAGUGUGUUGUAUUCGAUAGUAUACACAGGUUUCCCUACAGUAAUUGUUGGAAUUCUCGAUAAGAAUUUAAGUAGAGAUUCUUUGCUCAAGUACCCUCAGCUUUACGGGGCCGGACAAAGGCAAGAGAAUUACAAUAAAAGAUUAUUCUGGCUAACAAUGCUCGACACGAUUUGGCAAAGCGUGGCAGCUUUUUUCGUGCCUUUGCUUUCUUACUGGGGGAGCAGUGUCGACGGUUCGAGUUUGGGUGAUCUUUGGACAAUUGCGGUUGUAAUAAUGGUGAAUAUGCAUCUGGCUAUGGAUAUAAUAAGGUGGUCUUGGAUAACACACGCGGCUAUUUGGGGAUCCGUAAUUUCUACUUUCGUGUCUGUCAUGAUCAUUGAUCUUGUCCCCUUGCUGCCUGGUUAUUGGUCGUUCUUUAAUAUUGCAAAGACGGAAUUAUUUUGGAUGUGCGUGCUCGGCGUGGUGAUAGGAGCACUCUUACCUCGUUUUGUUAUAAAAGUUGUCGUUCAGUACUGUCGACCAAACGACAUACAGAUUGCAAGAGAAAUGGAGAAAUAUGGGAAUUCAAGAAGAGAUUCACAAUUAGAGAUGAACCAAAUUUUUGAUCCCCCUAGCAGAUAACUAAAUCGGUUAGCUCUGUUUUUUUUUCUUUUUUUCUUUUUUUUUUUCAUACUUGUUAUAAUGUUUGUAAUUCAAUUCUUUAGGCCUUAUUUAUAAAUCUUCUCUGGCCUGCAUUUCAAGUGUUCUUUAUAUAUUACCUACAAAGGGGUAUAUUAGUCUUUUAUUUAAUUUUUUUAUUUUUAUUUUUAAGUAUUAGUCAGGUUGGCAUUUAUCUUUCUGCUGAGGAUGUAAUUGUAAAUUAUGGAUGUUUUUAAUACAGAACAAAAGUAACACUGCUUACGAGAAUUUUCAUGCAGUGAAGAUCGUAUAUAGAAAAAUUACGUAUU